AUGCCUCGGACCGAUUUGGAUACCCCUUCAUCCCUAUCUUCGACUUCGACAAUGUUCAAUAACGAUGAUUCACCUGUCGGAGAUGAUUAUCAUACGACUGGCGAUAAGAGUACUUCAAGAUCACCAGACCCCUCGAAUAAUCAUGUGAAAUCAUAUCAAAAUAAGAAUGAGUUAGAAAGACCACCCAAUAAGACGACAGUCUUGACCAAACCCCUUCCUACACCAUCUUCGAUAGCCCCUCAGUCACCCUCAUCGAUACUCCAACGCAUCUUACAUCCUCUUCGCACACGAUCUCUCUCUGGGUCAGAACCGACACUCAAACACACCUAUCCAGGCUCAGGAACAUCAUCAGAUCCAUACCUUGUCGAUUUUGCCGCUAACGACCCUACGAACCCGUACAAUUGGUCGAAGAAGUAUCGAUGGAUGUUAACCCUCCUUAUAGGUAUCACAGCUCUAUGUCCACCCUUUUCAAGUGUCAGUUAUAGUUCGACCGUGAUUGAGAUAAUACCGGAGUAUGGCAUGAGUAGGGAGCUGAGUACAGCAGGUAUAAGCUUGUUUAUACUUGGAUUCGCUCUCGGUCCAUUGAUUUGGGCACCCAUCUCUGAAAUAUGGGGUCGUAAUUUCGCUUUUUACGUCUCGUUCCCUCUCUUUACAAUGUUCAACCUCGGCACUGCACUGUCCCACAAUACUCGGACGUUACUCGUGAUGAGAUUCUUAGCUGGUUUCUGGGGGAGUAGUACGUUGACGAAUCCUGGUGGUCAAAUUGGUGAUAUGUGGGCAGCACACGAGAGAGCUAUGGCUACAAGUAUUUUCUCUUUGGCACCCUUUCUUGGUCCUGUACUCGGUCCAAUAGUAGGUGGAUAUGUCACGGAACGAUGUGGAUAUCGAUGGGUAUACUGGAUUCAAUUUAUAUACGCUCUUAUCGUAACAGUGGCGACUAUAGUGAUCAUGCCCGAAACAUACGCACCUACGAUCCUUCGUCGUAAAGCCAAACAACUUAAUACGUUGUCCCAAGGUGAAGUGUAUAUAGCUAAAUUCGAUAAAGCGAAAAAAUCCAAAUCUGAGAUUAUUAAGAUUGGUCUAUUGAGACCAUUCGAAUUGCUCUUCACUGAAGUCAUUGUUGGAUGUUUGGCAAUAUAUGGUGCGAUUGUAUAUGGAAUUCUAUACCUCUUCUUCGCAUGUUUCCCUCUAAUCUAUCAAGAAAUCAGAGGAUGGUCAGUCGGUCAAGGAGGAUUAGCUUUCCUGGGAAUGGGAUUCGGUCUAGUCCUAGGUAACAUUCUCAAUCCCUUAGGAGACAGGUGGUACAAGAAAGCCACAGUCCCAGGUAAACCUACACCUCCCGAGACCAGACUCCCUCUAGCAUGUAUUGCGGCGAUCCUACUACCUAUCGGAUUAAUGUGGUUCGCAUGGACAUCUGCACCACCCGUACAUUGGAUAUGGUCAAUCUUAUCCUGUAUACCCUUUGGACUUGGCUUUUUAUGGAUAUUCAACAGUAUGGUCAAUUACAUUAUCGAUUCUUACACGCUCUAUGCGGCUAGUGCAUUGGCAGCUCUAGCUGUAUUGAGAUGUUUGUUCGGGGCGGCGUUCCCGUUGUUCGCUGUGACGAUGUAUAGGAAUCUGGGAUUACAUAUUGCCGGGACUAUUGUUGCGGUCCUUGCUAUAGCAUGCGCACCAAUGCCAUUCCUAUUCUACAAGUACGGACCAUACCUCCGACGUAAAUCGCGAUACGCCCCCUCUACUCCGCAUACAAUCGACGAAGAGUCAAAAGAAACGCCGCGAGAGAGGGAAGAGGAGAGGCAGGAUGAGUUGAGGAAAGUCAAGACUAAUCGAGAUGAGGCGCUGGAACCUCAGUGGGAUAGGGAGGCGGGUGAAGAUGCUAGGAUUGGAGGUGAGGGAGUUGAUGGAAGAUCUAGGGAUUUGGAAAAAGGUAUUUGA